CAAAUGGACUUUCAAUCCAUAAAUUAGUUAGCUGAGUUAUUUCAAAGCAGUAAUAUACUUAGAAAUAAUGACUUAGAAUUAGCGAGCAAAAAUGAUGAGAAUAAUUUUAAUCAUAUUCGUUUUCAAAUGUGUAUCCGGCGACGAUGACAGUUACGAGAAAUUUAUCGAUUCUUUACCAGAGGAUGAAAAGCGGGAAUUCCUGGAUCGUAUCGCGAGAAGGAUUCUUGAAGAUAUAAAUACUGAUAAUGUACCCGAUAAGUCUCAAGUAGAAAUCCCUGAUGAUCAACUUGAAGUACAUGAUGCGUACGUAAAGGAUAUACUUAAAGAAGAAACAGAUCGCUUAAAAGAUGAAAAGAAAACAGAAGAUUCCGUGAGAAUCGAGGAACCCAGUGAUGAUGGUGAUAAUGGUGACGGUAAAAGAUAUAUAGAUUUGACAUUACGCAGUGGAAAGAGAUCAAAGAGAAAAAAUGUAGACCAAGAUAUACAAUUGGAAUCUACAAGUGUGCCUUUUAAUGUUAUUCCAGUUAAAACUAAAUAUAAUAAUGAAACACCCAUUGAAGUUUCAAAUGAAGAAUUAAAAGACAAUUCAUCUAUUACAAAACAAGAUACAAAUUUUACAAGCAACGAUAAUAUAAAUAAUUCAUCCCUUAUUUCAGAUCAAGAUGAUUUAAUACAAACAUCGUUAAAUAAAAAUCUACGAAAAAUAUUCCAAAACGAUAACGUCCUGGAAACCAUUUCAUCAAAUGAUGCAAAAUUCGAUAACAAUAGUUUAGAAAAAGAAGAUUACAAUAUAAACAGUGAAACAAUUACGCCAUCAUCUAAAGAACAAAUGGUCAAUACAACAAGUGAAGACAUUAAAAUUGAUGAACUUAGUGCUAAUGAAAAAGGUGAUUUAGAUGAAGAUGUAAGAACAGAUGUACCCACAAUUGUUGUUAACAAUAUUUCAACUACAGUAUCUACGAUACAUACUACUACUACUACAAAUAAUAGGACAAAUGAUCUUGAUACUACAACAGUCCACCAAAUGAAACCAGAAAAUACUUCUGAAAUCAUCAAUCAUCCAUUUCAAAGGAAAGGAGGCCUAAAUAUUAACAAAAACGUAUCUAGUACCGUUGAUACUAAUACGACUGACAUUAAUGACCUGGAAAUUGACAGUUUAAUCCAAUUAACUCCAUCACCAAUUGAUAUUUUGAAAGUAAAUAAUUCUGAGGAUGGUACUAAAUUUGUUGAAAUUAAAAAUGAAGAUGAAAAUCAUGCUACAAAUAGUAUUUCAAAUGCCACUGCAGUGAGAAAAAAUGUUGAUAUUAAAAGUGUUGAUAUUGUAAAUGAGAAGGAUGAUUCGAAUGAUAAUAAGGAACCUAAGGCAAGUUUACGUUCAGUGUCAGAUGAUUUAGAAUCAGAGGAGGACAAUAAGGUAUUGAUCAAAACAGUACAUAGUAAACCUGGACUAGAAAAAGAAUAUGAGGUAUAUGAAGUUGCUGCAGAAAAACCCCCAUUUACAUUGCAAAACAAUAUUAAGAUAAAUGAACAGCCACGCUAUGUACCGAUAUAUGAUUACGCUCCUGAAAAAGCAUAUUUCAGACCGUAUGAUAGAUUUGGACCGAAUUUCGAAGAAGCUGAACCGGAAUAUUUACAAAAUUAUAAUAUUUUCGAAAAUAUAGAAGAAGAUAAUAUGAAUACAAUCAAUAUACCAAAUAAAAGAAGUAGAUUUGGCAGUUAUAAAAAGAUUAAUCAAGGAGAGUUUAAAAUACAAAACAAUAAUUAUCCAAAUAAUAAAGAUACUUCGAAAAUGUAUGGUUUUAUGAAACCUGUACAUUUUGCGAAUCAAAAAAUGUAUUAUAAUCCAUACGAUUACUUGGAUAUAGAAUACAAUAAUCGUUAUAAUGAUCGAUCGUUUUUGAGACAGGGCAGCUAUCGAUCGAAAUACAAACCAUUUCCGAAUUCAAAUGAGCUGGAUCAUCCUUAUAAUGCAAUACACAAAAGUAAAACACUAAAAGAUCAUGUCAGAGCUAUCAGAAAUAUACUAUAUUUGCAGGAAGUUUUCGGUUACGUACCAGAUAUCGAGACUGAGAAUCGAAAAUUUGAUCAAGAAACUAAGAAAAAGAAAGAAAAUGUUUUAAAAAACCAUCCAGAAGAGGAUAUUGGUAUAGAUUACUAUUACGAUCGAGUUAGUUCAAAAGAAGAAUCAGAGAAUCCAGUACGUGGAAAUAUAUCUAAAGUGAAAAAACUACAAAAUAAAGAUGUAAUUAGAAAUUUGCCGCCAGGUUUAAAUAUAAGCAAUCAAAAACAAACCUUGGGCUUAAGCAGUGAUGAAUUUUUAAACAAAUUAAACGAUAUAAUAGCUGAUGAUAAGAAAUUCAGUUCAUUUUUUGAUGCAAUGUUGAAUGUAACAGCUGAUAACAUUAGGUUUAAUAACGAGGCUUUAGAACAUUAUGAUUGGUUAAAAACUUCAGUGAACAUUCAGUCAGCUGUUAGGAAGUUGUUAACAUUAGCAGAAAGCCUACAAAAUGGUGAAGACGUACAUCCCAAAGAUCUUGAACUGUUGAAAUAUAGCAUCUACCAGUUUAAAUCGUCACAAAUGAUGUUGAGAGAUGGUCUUCGAGGUUUGAGUAGAAAUGUUAAAAUGAGAAAACAAAAGAAAGGUAUCCUGCCUAAAAACAAUAGAAAUAGGAACAGAAUCAAACAGCCAUUGAAACUUUGGAAGGAUUUCGCAAAGUAUCUAAGAAUUGUUAAUUAUGAUGGUAGUGAACAAAAAUUAACUCUAUUGUAUGACUUUGAAGAUUUCUUACAAAAUCUACUAUUCUAUUUGAACGAAUUCCAUGAUGCCGUAAAACACGUAGCGAUGGUUACGAGAUUUCGAGACCAAAAAUGGUUCAAUGACCUUAAGCAAAUAUUCUUUAGAAAUGCUACGAAAAAGCAACUUGGACAAGUCGUUUUACAUCUGUGUCUAGCUAAUCUUCUCGAUCGUGUCGAAGAAGACGCUAUCAAUGGGUCAGAUGACAAUUUUAGAGAAUUCGUUGAGAAUAAUUCGGAAGCCGUCAAGAGCACUAAGAAGGAAUUUGUAUUCGUUUUGCGCAUUUUAAAUGAAUUAAAUAGAUUAUAUGCUUAAUAUUA